GAGAGGCAGAGUGCUGACAUAGGAACACGGGGACAGUCCAUGUGGUGGAGGAGGAGGAGUCAAUGGAGCCUAAAAACACAAGUAUAACAGAGAGGAAGAAGCACCAGCUGACAGCACCUUAAUAUGAGACGCUGUGGACAGGUCUGGAUUAUUACUGAGUUUGUGGAUUGGAAACCAGAGCCAACAGAGACAGUAGACCAUGGAUGCAGGUGUGAGGGGCUCUAACUUCUCCCUGUCGAACACCUCCUCGAUCCAGGGGGAGUACAGCGAUGUCGAGCUGGUCGUGAUCGGAGUGGGCAUGGCUGUACUGGUGAUGGCCAUAGUGUUUGGUAACAUCCUUGUCAUCACCGCCAUCUUGCGUUUCAAGCGUCUGCAAACCGUCACAAACCUGUUCAUAGCCUCUCUGGCUGUGGCAGACCUGAUCAUGGGCAUUGCCGUGGUUCCGUUUGGCUCCUCCUACAUCCUCUUGGGGGCAUGGCAGUUUGGAAGUUUCAUGUGUGAAUUCUGGACAGCGACCGAUGUCCUGUGUGUGACUGCCAGUAUAGAGACGCUGUGUGUAAUCGCUCUGGACCGCUACCUGGCCAUCACGUCCCCUCUUCGAUACCCCUCACUGCUCACCAGGGGUCGUGCGGUCGCUGUGGUCCUGGCUGUGUGGAUCGUUGCCUCUCUCAUCUCCUUCCUUCCCAUCCAUCUCAAACUUUGGGUGGCCAACGACGACAAAGCUAAAGCCUGCUUAGCCAACGAAUCCUGCUGCGAUUUCAACACCAACACUGCGUAUGCGAUCUCCUCCUCCAUUGUCUCCUUCUACUUACCGCUGGUUGUCAUGAUCUUCCUUUACACCAGAGUUUUCCAGGAAGCCCAAAAACAACUGGAGAAGAUCAGGGGACGGGAACGGCAUUUACUGAAACUGCAAAUUUCUCUGGCGUAUUCCGAGGAAAGCCCGUCGGAAAGGCUUCGGAGAAAUGCGUCGGAUGAUAGGUUGAGCAUGCAACGGAUGGAAAACGGGAAAACGCGGACUGAGAAGCAAUCCACGACAAGGCGUCUUAAGUUUUGCCUGAAGGAGCAGAAAGCUGUCAAGACACUAGGGAUUAUCAUGGGGACAUUCACACUUUGCUGGUUGCCGUUUUUUAUUUUGAACAUUUUGAUGUUUUUAGAUCUCGGCGAUGUUACACUUUUAUUUCGACUUCUGAACUGGCUUGGAUACUCUAACUCCGCUUUCAACCCACUCAUUUACUGCCGUAGUCCUGAUUUCAGACAGGCCUUCCAGGAGAUCCUUUGCUUGAGAAACUGGGCCGAAAAAUUACGCUUCAAGAAGGCCUGGGGGUGCUGUAAGGAUGGGUAUCCCAAGCCACAAUGCAGGACAAAUGACAGCAAAGAGAAAGAACUUGGGGGGAAGAAUUUAGGAUGGGAAGGCAGCGUGGACGGCUCUCUACGGGACAGUCCAAUGACCAUUAGACUGCCCACGCCGUUGCCUGAACAGACACUGGAGGUAUCGCCUGGUUCUCUGUCGUCAGGCUCAACCAACGGGAGCUGCAAGGAAAGUCUGGCGUCCAUCGCGUAGACUUUAUACAAGUGUUUACAGAUUCAACAAUGAAAGUCAAUUUGUAUGUAAAGGUCACCGAGGUGGUUUGGAGAGAUGAUGGGAAGUUACGUGCUCCGUGAAAAGGUUAAUAGAUUUGCUGACGUCCUACUUGUGUCCUUUCAGGUCUGAGUCAGGGUUAAACAGAUUCACUUACACCUUUACAUGCAGAUAAAAUCGCUGAUUGGUUUGAAACAUUUUGCAAACACACUUUUUCUUUCUACUUUUAUUGCCACAGGAUUUACAAACCUAUAAAACUGUGUGGAAUAAAAGUAGAAGAAAGACCAGAUGUGCCUCGCAAAUUUGUUGUUUUUUGAUCUGAUAAUUGCUUAGAAGCCGAUUUGUAAAACACGGAUGCAGUUGCUUGUCUUGAGAUGGGCUGCUGUAUAAAUUAUAAUUCUGUUUUUGGAAAAUUAGGAUACGAUUUACUAAAAGAUUAAAAUUCAUAAAUUGUCUUGACGUAUACGAGCCUGAAAUGUAAACAUACAUUCAUUUAUCAACAUAAGUCAAGCGAAGCACCGAAAUUCCUCCAACUGCAUUGACGUGAAAAAAAUCCCUUAAUGUAAAUCUGUAAAUUAUGACUUUUUAUGACUCAUUAUGACUCCAUCCCUAUCAGUGUGUCUUAAAAAACGCCAAUACACAUGUACAUAGCAUUUUAACAGAAUAAAUGUUAUCCAGUCGCAUUGAGUAAUUAGAGUAAUCAAAGCAUUUAAACAGUUUCUUUUUUCCAAUUUAAAAUCCAUCAAGAUGUUUUACUGGUCUACAGCAUCAGACGUGAGUUGGGCAGUGGUGUUUUUACUUCAUUUUCAGCCAUAAAAACAAACAGACAGUUGAAUGUUCUCCAGCUCCAUUUGAAAAAACUGCAGACUCCAUGAACAAAGUGAGGAGUGAUUUAGCUCAGGUCACACCCAGGUAACACCCAGGUCACCCGAUCACACCUCCAAGUCAUAUAUAGUCUUGAUGAAUGUGUUUGAAACUGAGCGUUGUAAGUGUACAAGUCUGAUCUGUUUUGGUUUGUCCUAUUUAUUGAAUUUUUUAAGUAAAUAAAAAAUUAAAUGAGACGCACAAUACUAUAACGGUUCAUGUUAUUAAUGUAAUGAUUGAUGAAAAAAUGUAUUUAUCUAAAGUGAUGUUUUUGCUUACAGUAGACCACACGUGAAGUGAAAAUGUGCUUUAAUAUAUUCUGUUCUGCUUUGUAAUGCUAUUCAAAACAAAAUGCAUGUUCUUAACUAAUUUCUAUAUUUUGCAUCUUGUGUAUUGCUGAUGUUACUAAGUGAAAAAAUGAUCAAAUUAUCUGUCUCAAUGUUGUUUAUUUGUAAAGUUACAUUGUAAAGUAAAAGUAUCCAUCACUUUAUGGUGUCAGAAAUCUCGAUACGCUUCAUGGGGACCCUGUGUUUUGUGGGGACCAAAAAUCAGUUCCCCAUGAGGUUAAACAUUAGAUCAAUGAUGUGACUGUGAAAGAUGAAAAGGUGAAAGAUGAAAGUGAAGAUAUGGGUUACUUUAGGUUGAGGUUAAGGUUCAGGUUAAGGUCAGGCAACGUUAAGAUCAGUCAGAAAUGAAUUUAUGUCAAUAUAAUGUCCUCACAAAGUAUGGAAAAUAUGUAUGGACAUCAUCAGGUUUAUCACUUUAUUAAAAAAAUUUAAAAAUAAAAAAAAAAACAGAAAUAGGUGUUACUCAAUCUUACCAAACUAGUUUAUUCAGUUUUGGCAUCGUGGUCAAAUAAUUUUAAUUCCUUUGUUAUAAAUGUGUAUUAUAACAUAGAUCUUUUGCUUUUUGUACUGUCAGUGGAGCUAUUGUGAAUAUACAACACACAUUUGAGUAAACGCAUGAUUUUCUACCUCCAUUCUGUGAAUGUCAUCUCAAUUCUGUAAAAAUGUGUUUGCUCAAUAUUAAAUGUGGCUUGAGUAAA